GUGGUCGGCUGCUGCACGUGACCUGUUUGGCGCGCUUUGUCGGUUCCGAACGGGCUUUCGUCCAUUAAACGGUCACGGGAAGGGACGAUGUGGAAUAAUCCGGGUACUUUUAGUGGAGGUUAUGGAGGUUUUGGAGAUACUGGUGCCGGAGGUGGGGGCUAUUUGCAGUCACCUGGUGGGUUUGGCUCACCAGCUGGAGGCAGCCAAAGUGACAGAAAAACGAGGUCACGGGCCCAGCAAAUAGUUCCUUGUACGGUGUCACAGCUAAUGUCUGCUAUUCAAACAGAAGAGAUUUUCAGGAUUGGAGAGGUGGAAUUAUCUCAGGUAACUAUGGUUGGCAUGAUCAAAGAUGCAGAAAAAGCACCAACAAACAUUUUGUACAAAUUGGAUGACAUGGCUGCACCCCCUAUGGAUGUAAGACAGUGGGUAGAUACUGAUGUAAGUAAAUGAAUUUUUCAUGUAUCUUGUCAUCCCUG